AUGCGCUCUCUCAUCAUCUCCUCUGCCCUUCUGGUCAUUCUCGUCCAAUGCGGGUAUCCAGUAGCCGACACCUACCCAACACUACCACCGACAUAUCCAACAACUCCCAGCUAUCCAACCACCCCAUCCUAUCCAACCACCCCAUCCUAUCCAACCACCCCAUCCUACCCAGUUCCAUCGUACGUUGUUCCAAAGAAGUAUCCAGUUGCUCAAACAUACCCAACCAAGCCGACUUACCCAUCUCCACCAACUGACUACGCUCAGAAGCCAUCGUACUCCGCUUCACCACCACCAGCACCAUCUGGAUACACAUCCAGUGACAGCGAAGUUGUGGGAUCGGAGCCAGGGUAUGCUCCAGCUGCCUCCACUUACUCUGGAAGCGCCGCAACGGACUACAACUCAGCUGGAACUUUCCGUCAACGCGCCAAGGCUCGCACCGCCCAGAACCGCCAAUUCCAUCGUCGUGCGCUUACUCCAAUCAAGAGAUUCCAACAGAGAAAGCACUAA